CCAAAAGAGAAAAGCAGAGAGAGAGAGAGAGGGGCAGGCAGCAAAACUUUUCACUUGUGAGGAGCCCACGAAGGAAGUGUUGUGUGUGUUUAUGUGUGUGUCCGUGCGUGUGUCCGUGCUGGAGCGGCGACCAUGCAGGAGGAGUCUGGGGAGAAGGCAAGCGUUUACAGCAAUGGCAUCGCACCAUGGCUGUGCCCUUUGUGCCAAAAAGGGCAAGAAGACCAAGCCUCCCUGUCUCAACACCUCACUGAACAACACAGCGUGCUUCCAACGUGUGUUGACAAACUGUUAGACAUUUCUGUUCUGAAAGAGGGGGUGAGGAAAGAAGAGAAAGGAGGUGCGCUAAUAUCGAAAGCCGCAGUUUGUUCACGAGUGGAGCUGCCUGAAGAAAUCGUCCCAGAACUCCAGCAGCCUUCUUCGGACACUCCUCACCAGCCUCGUGACGGGGAAAUGGAGGAAGAAAGAACGUUGGACCGAGAGGGUGGCGAAGACGAACCGGAGCGAGGAGACGAGGCAGUCGAAAUCACCGCAGAUAAGCAAAUUGCCGUCGAAGACGAAGACGCGGCAGACGGCAAAGAAAAGUCUGCUGAUAAAAACGGCGUGCCUGCUCAAUUCAAAUGCAAUGCCUGCCAGGAGACAUUUCCCAGCAAAACUGCCCUUAAUGUUCAUUACUACUCCGCUUCCCACAUUCAAAGAAUGACCACGAUACAAGGUAGGGAAAUUGAUCCUCCAGCUCCUUCUGCCCCUGUUCUUACUCGGCCAUAUUUAACAAACAAACCCUACCAGUGUGCUACGUGCAGAGUGUCCUACAAUCAUUCCAUCACCCUCGAGAGCCAUAUGAAAUCUGUCUUGCACCAGACGCGCAGUAGAAGUGCCGUUAAUAACGCAGGCACCAAUGCCAAUACUCCUAACACCACGUUGAGCACUUCUGCCAGUGGAACCGGCGAAUUGGCGACAGCCACCAGCAGGGCGACUCCCGGAACCGUGACGGUGACUACAGCGAGCGAUGCGGAGCACAUCCAAACUUCGCAAGUGGCCCCCUCCCUCGUCGCCCGCCCCAUGGCCUCGGCUCAGGCGGUCUCGGCCUUUCUCACCCUCCUCACAUCCAGCCCUAAUCCUCUCUCGCACACCCUCCUCCCCUCCGUGUUUGCACCUAGCCACCCGACUGGCACCGAUGCAGCUCAGAUUGUGCCUCAGCCUCAAAUGGUCAUGCCCUUGAUCUUGAACGGGCUCCAAGCCCCGCAAACCCAGCAUUCUAAAGAGAACCAGCAAGGACAACUCCUUACCCAGUGUGUGCCAUUUAUAGGUCUCAACACAGCACAGCAAGCCCUCCUGACCCAAAGACUUAGCUUGUUACAGAAUCAGUGGCCGGCUGUCGCGCUUCCAACGAGUACACCGACAGCUGUGGAGAGCGUGAAGCAGGAGAUUAUUGAAAAGCAGCCCGUUGAUAGGGAAAGCAAAGAGCCUGAAGAGCGUUGUCCUGAGACAGAAAGCAAAGCGGAAGAUGAGAGCAAUGAAGAAAUUUGGAAGGCGUCAAGAGAUGGUAGAACCUUGGGCCAGCAGAUAGAUGUGAAAAAGGGUGAAUCAGUAAGUCCAAAUUUCUCCCCGGAUGCCGUGGAGAAAAGCCUCCAUAAUAACCUCUCGCACAGCCCUGUGAAUUUGAAUCUCUCGCUUACCCCCGAUUCCACUCCGCAAAAAUCUCAAACGGCAACUAGUCCUUUCGGAAGCGGCGGUACCCCCAAAUCAAAUGCCUUAACCAAACAAUAUCGGCUAAGUCGCAAUACCUCGGAGUCUGUUUAUCCUGAAUUUCCGGUGUUGUCAGAGUUUCAGUCCGAGGUUCUUUGGGCGUUCCUCGAGUCGCGUAGCGCGGCCGAUGCCGCCAGUCCUCCCCACGAGGACUGCGAGGCGCUGGGAAGAGAGGUAGGGCUCUCGGAGGAGGAGGUACGCAAGUGGCUUUGCCAAGCCAGACAUGCCAAACAGAGACAGAGGGCCACAGAGCUCGCGCAGCCCGAUAGCUCGGCGGGAUCCGCGAGCGCUACACGGAGCAACGAGAUUGACUUUGACGACGAAGAAAGCUCCUUGAUUAUAGCGGAAGAAGAGGAGGAGGAUGCCGACGCGUCGGAUAGUCAGGCUAUCGAUUUAUCUCGCACAAGAGGGCAGCGUAGAAAGAGAGACGGUCAGGGAGAUUCAUGUCUGACAUCCGACUCUGAAAACGAGGUGUACACCUCCGUGAUUGUGACAGAUGAGGAAAGUCAGAACGGUGCUGUUCAGGAGACCUCGGCGAGCCCUGCCAAAGAUGAAGCGCAACAGGCGGUCCAAUGUGAAAAAGGUUCCAUCGGAGGAAAGGUUUUGCGCUCCACGACUGUGUUCCUCUCUGACGCGGAAGAUGAAUAUGAGGAUGAAGAUGCUGGAGAGGCUCAUUUAAAGUCUGGGAAGAAAAAAAGGAAGGGAGAAUUUGAACAUGAGCUAGAGGUGAAAAGGGAAAGACUGGAUCCUGAUGUUGACCUCGAAUUGGAAGCUCAAGGAGAUCCCCCAAGCUCGCUGCCCUACUCCUCUCAAGACCAGAAUUCAAGCGGUUCUCUUCACUCCCUCCCUCUGUCCGUCGCACCCUUCUCGGCGCAAUUUCUUAGCCCUUACGUUGUCUCGCUAACACCGUCUUUAGUUGGGGGUAAAGUCCCGGUCUUUUCAAACCCGCCUUCAGUCACGCGUUUCUCCAGUUCUCUACUGUCUCCCAUGAGCCAAACCUCUCAAUACCUGUCCAACGGUGACGACUGCGAGACUGCGCUCGAUCUAAGCAUGGGUAAAAACAAUUCAUCCUCAUCCGCGGCCGAGAAAAUAUCAGCACAGAAAGGUCAGCUGUUGGACGGGCUCGGCCUGAGGCCCACGUCUCAGAAUCUGGUCGUUGUUCAGGUCAAGCCUGAAUGUCUUGCGACCAUGCCUUCUUUGUAUAGUCACGGACAUCAAGUCAACAGCAAUAACCAGACAAAUACUAAUAUCUACAUCAGGCCGGAUGAGAAAAUGAAUGCCACGCAGCGUGACAACGAUAAGGAGAGGGAUACUGAGCAAGACCAGCAGAGGAAGGUGAAGGGGAAAAGGUAUCGCGACAUGCGACGUUCCAGGACCAUCAUUCAAGCUGAGCAGCUCGACAUUCUGUACGGAUGCUACUUCAAAGAUCCCAACCCUGGGAAACACGAGUUUGAACAAAUCUCCGAGUGGGUUCACCUUCCCAAAAAGGUGGUUCAGAUAUGGUUCCAGAAUAUGCGGGCGAGGGAACGCAAAGGUGAAGUCCGAUUUAUCAGUGAUGGCACCCUGGCGGCGGUGGGAAAACCCCUCAUCAAGUUUACCUGGCCGCUGUCCAAACCCAUUUUUUCAAACAAGCCCGUUGUAAACAAUACAAACAAUACCAGCUGCAUUACCACCGCCCCGAUCGUGCGCACCCUCAUCAAGACUGAAAACAAACCCAUCGUGGUGAAAAAAAACACUCCUGUUCCAAUCAAGCCCAAGGAAGUGGUAUCUGCUGCCUCCGUGGUGAGCGGCAGUGCCUCUGUGAUGCCAAAGACCAAGCUUGAAACCACCAGCAACGUAACCAUGGUCAAAGUCGCAUCUAGCGCCGUAUCCAACCUCUCAACACCUCCUAAGGAUCCCGUCCCCAUUGCUCCCCGAGUGAAUCAGCAGACAAAAGUAGAGGAGGAAAGCGAGGAAGAGAAAACCGAUGAAGAGGUGGACGAUGAUAAUGAGACGGCGCCUCAGCUAACCAACCGCAUGGUGCCCAAGUUGCCCACAACGCCCAUCAAUAACAGGCCUCCUUCCACGACCGUGUUGCCCCAGAAACCAAACGGCCUCAACUACUGGACCCCAAAAGGCCCGAUCAGGAUCAACACUCUGUCCCGGGAGCAACUUGCUCUUCCUUCUCACACGGCUCCUCGAACCAUAGCCCCGCCUCCGACCCCCAGCAUCGCACCGGUCAGCCCGAAUACCCCCAACUCUGUGAAGGCUGCCCGCUCGUCAACCCCCCUCCUGGGUAAAGCCAGUCCCACAGAGAACAACUUUUUGGGCCACUCUUCCAGCCGUAGGCCACGUACACACUUGUCCUGCCUGCAGCUCUCCAUUUUGCAGUCCUGCUACGAGACGUGCGCCCACCCAAACGCCAUGGAGUGCGAGGCUAUCGGCACAGAGCUUAACCUGCCCCUCAAGGUGGUGCAAAUCUGGUUCCAAAACACCAGAGCUAAGGAGAAGCGCUGGAAGCUACAGCAAGAGAAAUUGACUCCUCAAACGGGCGGGAAGCUGUUCAUGAGUACGGGAAGCUACCUGCAGUACAACGCUCUCAAAGCCAACCGGCCCAUCUUGCCCAAACCUGUCCAGUUCACCGUCAGCGAGUCUCCCGCUUCCCCGGCGGCCGGCCAGUCGACACCCGGCGAGACCGUGACGGGCCGUUGCGAGGUCUGCAAGGUCUCUUUCGAAUCGCGGGCGGCCGCCAGGGCCCACGUCUUCUCGUCGCUCCACCUGGCCAAGCUGCGCACCACUAACUUUGGCCAGCCCACCGCGCUGGUCAACAAGAACGGAACCGGUAACGGCGCUUCGGGGGUCCCCAAACUGGUCAUCGAGUUGCCUGCGUCGACGGCCUCCGGCAACAGUUAAAAGAACGCGUUCGGAUCAGGAUUGGUCUGCAUACAUACUAUUUGGACCCGUUUGGGAUCCUCCGGUUUUAGUAUACACCUUUUGAGCACUAUUCCUAAAUUGUUUGGCUUUGGCGCACAAUAUCCCAUUUUCAACUUUUCCCAGGACGUGCUCAUCAGCCGAAUGAACGACUUUAAUCAUCUCGCCUGUCGGUUUUAACGUCCUUCCUAAAAACUAAAGGGACUGAACUUCCUGAGCUUCAACUGAAGAGACUGAAACAAAGGUAUUUCACCGCCACGUCGGUAUUUAGGAUAAUGUGAAAUACUUACCAUAACUACAACCACUUUGCUCCUGUGGAAUAUUUUGGGCGAGGCAUCACUUCCGUCGCUUGUGACGGAACAGUAUAUCGUUUGGGAUACAAUAGAGGUACUUUUGAGAGAAUAGGGCUUUUUUAAAACCUCGCCCAACCUUUGCCCCCCCCAUUCCCAUGUUUAUAGUUUUCAUGACAAUCCAGACAAAAAAAAAAAAAAAAGUUUGCGUGGAGUCUUGGCAUACCGCACUUUGACAAAUAAUACAUGGUUUGAAAUGUUUUUAAGCAUUCUAAUGCGAGUGUCUUUUAUGGAAAGAUGCAUUCAUGCAUGUGGGAUGCCUUAAUAUAAAUUGUGUUUUUUUUCAUUAUUAUUUUUUUUCGCUUGUCUCUUGAAACACGCUUUCGGUGUAAGCAUAUAUUGAGCGGGAAGCAAAACUUUUUGGGAUAUGGAAAAGUCAAAUCUAUUUGAAUGUCGUUAUUUUGAUGAAUCCUGCCUGUGAAAUCAUCGCCAGCUUUUUCCUCGGUCAGGGACGAUAAAAUGGUCAACUUAUUUUUUGUGUGUGGGGGGUGGGAAAUGAAUUAAAAACCACCCAAAUGUAUGAAAACCCUUCUCACGAAAAAUUGGGGACGUUAGGGUGCUAUUUUAGGAGCAAACUGAAUUACAUUUUAAGCAAUGAUUUUGGCUUUGUAUGUCCACCAGCUCUGUUUUGGUACUUUUUUUUUUUUUUUUAGCACAAAUUACCGAUUCUUAACAAGGAGCUGAAAGGCGUAGUGUUAAAAAAGAGGAAUCAAAUAGUACAGUUGGAUUAUAAAUUGGUCAUGUUCUUAAUCAUACUAUUAACGUUUUAUGACCAAGAUGAAGUUCUGCAGCAGGGCCGAGAACCAAAAGUUAUUUGCCAUGUGGCUUUUUUUUUUUUUGCCAUGUGGCAAUAUGGAUUUUGCCAUGUGCCAUUUUUUUUUUUUUUGUAUAUGGCAAAAUGGAUUUUGGUUUGUCGCAUUUAUUUUUGGGUAUGUGGCAUUUUUUGGGGUAUAUGGAAGUUUUGCAGGCCAUGCACAUCCAUGCCACGGACGGCUAUGCACGUCCAAAUUUUUUAUUCAUUUUAAAUGGCAGCAAAACGCGUGGCUGUGAUUUUUGACCAUACACUUUACAUUACAGUGCAUUGACAUUCAAGGGACACCCAUGUAAUGUAAAGUGUACGGUGAAAAAUCACAGCCACACGUUUUUCUGCCAUUUAAUAUGAAUGGAAAAUUUGGACAUGCAUAGCCAUCGAUAGCCUAGCCGGACUUGGGUGUCAGUUGAAUGUUAAUGCACUGUAAUGGUAAGUGGAUGGCCACAAAUCGCAGCCAUACAUAUUUUUCUGCCAUUUAAAAUAAAUGGAAAAUUUUGACGUGCAUAGCGGUCAACAACAUGGAUGUGCGUGGCCUGCAAAACUGCCAUAUACCCCAAAAAAUACCCCCCUCAAAAAUGCCACAAACCAAAGUCCAUUUUGCCACAUAGCAAAAAAAUGCCACAUGGCAAAAAAAUGCCACAUGGCAAAAUCCAUUUUUUCCACAUGGCAAAAAAAAAAAACAUGGCAAAAUCACUUUUACCACAUGGUAAAAUCCAUUUUGCUAAAUGGCAAAAAAUGCCACAUGUCAAAAUCCAUUUUGCCACAUGGCAAAAAAAAAUACCACAUAGCAAAAUCUAUUUUUUCUUGCCAUGUGGCAAAAUUGAUUUUGUCCUAUGGCAAAAUCUUUUGCGCACGUGGCAAAAAAAAAAAAAAAUGCCACAUAGCAAAAUCCAUUUUGCUACAUGUCAAAAUCCAUUUUGCCACAUGUGAAGAAAAAAUGCCACAUGUCAAAAUCCAUUUUGCCACAUGGCAAAAAUGCCAUUUGUCAAAAUCCAUUUUGCCACAUGGCAAAAAUGCCAUUUGUCAAAAUGCAUUUUGCCACAUGGCAAAAAUGCCAUGUCAAAAUCCAUUUUGCUAGAUGGCAAGAAAAAAUGACAUGUCAAAAUCCAUUUUGCCACAUGGCAAGAAAAAAUGACAAAUGUCAAAAUCCAUUUUGCCACAUGGCAAAAAAAAAAAACAUCAUGGCAAAAUCAAUUUUACCACAUGGUAAAAUCCAUUUUGCCACAUGGCAAGAAAAAAUGCCACAUGGCAAAAUCCAUUUUGCCACAUGGCAAAAAAUGCCAUUUGUCAAAAUCCAUUUUGCCACAUGGCAAAAAAUGCCAUUUGUCAAAAUCCAUUUUGCCACAUGGCAAGAAAUGCCACAUGGCAAAAAAAAUGCCACAUGGAAAAAUCCAUUUUGCCACAUGGCAAACACCACUUUUGCUUCUCGCUGUCUUUCCAGUUUUGAGGCUUGAACAGGAAAUUGUUGGAGGAGGAGUCCUUUAAAAUUUCAUGAAUUGAAUUCUAUUCAAUUCACCUUUAAACUCUUCCUGAAAUUUCACCUGAAACUUUUUACCCUAACCUUUUUUGUAAACGGCGUGCGUCUAAAGAAAAACGGAAGCAUAAAUGUUUUUUUAAAAUCAUUAUUCUAGAAUGUUUCGGCUAACCUAGCAAGACGGUUGUGCUAAUUCAUCUCCAUUUCUUGUUCGCUUACUAAUCCCCGGUAAUGACAUUCUGUGAAAUUGGAUCCGAUACGUGCGAACCAAACGAGCGGCUAAUAUCCCGAAGGCCGCCGACUUCUCCAUUCUAGCGAUGUAUUGUUUUGACUGAGAGCUAAUAAGACGGUGCUGCGUUGAAGGACACGCGACUCACUAAGAGCUUUUUUUUUUUCCCCUUCCAUUUGAAUUUGUAUAUUGUUACUAUUGAUAGUUUUAACUCAAAUGCAAAACUAAACAGAUCUUUUUUGUAAAGGAUAUAUAUAAAAAGUGAUAUUCCAAAGUAAUUUUUUUUUUUUUUUUUUUUUUGCUUUGUCAUUUUUAAAAAGGAAAACAACCAAAAAAGCAAUCAAGAGGUGUUCACAAAUGCAAAACUGUAAAGGACAUCCCAACAGCUUGACUCUUGCACUAGUCCACUAUAUUUGCACAAAAAAAUGAACACAGCCAUGGAUGCAACACGACAUGUGACUCGGUGCAUUGUGUGAAGCGGGGAAAAAAAAAAAAAGUGGCGGUGUUCUUUCAUGAGAAAAAAAAAAUGGAAGCGUUUCUCUGUUGGGAGUCAUCUUGUUUCUACUUCAAGGAUGCAAGUGCUCUGAUGUCAAGACUGGGAUGAAACGGACAAAUAUGGUGUUGCACUGUCCAAAUGAAAUAGGUUUUUACAGAGAUCUGGUUUUUAUCUUACAUUUCAUUGUCACUUUGAUUGUCACUAUUGUUAUAAUUGUGCUACUACUUAUUCAAUUUACCAUUACUACUCAUGCUGUUUUGAUGAAUUUGUUUUCAUGCCACCUCUCUGCUCAGAUUGAGUGAAUAUUGAACAAUAAUGGUGGCAAGUGUUAUGUAUUGUUAGACCUUUUGAUUAGUUUUUUUCCCCCCCUUUCCCUCCUCACUGUACCUUGCCUUUUUGUUUGGUCUCCACUAUGCUUUCUUUAAUAUACAGACAAAUAAAAUCAGUUGAACAAGGCAAA